AUGCCGGAGCUGUCGCGAACCCUCGCUCGAUCUUGGUCAUCGACACUAAAGCUUCCAAAAUCAACAUUCCCUCCUCGGAUAGCAUUAGCUGACCAGGCGAAAUACCUCAAACGAUGCAGCGAUGACCUCUACAGCUGGCAACAGCGCAACCGACCUGCGACGGAUACCUUCACCCUUCACGACGGCCCUCCAUAUGCUAACGGCGAGCUACAUAUUGGACAUGCCCUGAAUAAGAUCUUGAAAGAUAUAAUAUGUCGCGUUCAAUUGGCUAAAGGGAAGCGAGUGCACUAUGUGCCUGGUUGGGACUGCCAUGGUUUACCGAUCGAGCUAAAGGCGCUACAGGGACGAAAGGAAUUGGGGGACCUGAGGUCAGCUGGGAGGCAUGGAGCAGCACAGAUUCGAUCCGCAGCGCGACAACUCGCAGAAAAAACCGUUUCCCGGCAAAUGGAAGGAUUCCGUGAAUGGGGAGUCAUGGGAGAUUGGGACAAUGCCUACACCACAAUGAACAAAGAUUUUGAGCGCAGACAAUUGGGUGUAUUUUUGGAAAUGGUUGAAAAGGGCCUCAUUUACCGGAGAUUUAAGCCUGUGUACUGGUCUCCGUCGUCUGGGACCGCUCUGGCUGAAGCAGAGCUGGAGUACAAGGAAGAUCACAUCUCAACCGCGGCUUUAGUCAAGUUCAAACUAGCAGACUUACCUCCUCAGAUCCGAGAGAAUCCUAUCCUUGCCGAUAGCGAUGUUUCUGCGGUAAUUUGGACAACGACUCCGUGGACACUGCCUGCGAACGCUGCAUUAGCCGUUAGCCCUACCUUUGAAUACACUAUCGUGGAUUCUACACAAUAUGGCAAGCUACUGGUAGCACAGUCUAGGCUGCAAUACCUCCAAGAACUACUUGACGACAAUUUCAACGUUGUUGUUCCUAGUAUCUUAGGCUCUGAAUUGCUGAAUUCCUCUUAUACUCCCCACUUCAAAGAGCCUGGAUCAAAAAACCAACCGAUAAUUGCUGCAGACUUUGUAACGGACGAUGCAGGUUCCGGAAUUGUUCACUGCGCGCCAGGCCACGGAAUGGAGGAUUACGAGGUUUGCCUUGCGCUUCAAAUUCCAGCGUACGCUCCCGUCGACGGCGAAGGCCGUUUCACCCGAGCUGCUAUGCCAGCGCAACCUGACCUAUUAUCUGGGAAAGCAGUUUUAGGAGAUGGUAAUGAAGCAGUUCUCCAGUAUAUAUCAGAAAAAGGGCUAUUGCUGCACAAACACACCUAUAAACACAAGUACCCCUACGACUGGCGCUCCAAACUUCCCGUCAUUAUUCGCGCAACGGAACAAUGGUUCGCUGAUGUCGGUGAUAUCCAAGGAGAAGCUAUCCAGGCCUUGCAAUCCGUUCAGUUCAUCCCUCCAACUGGAAAAUCAAGACUAGAAACUUUUGUCAAGAACCGGAGUGAAUGGUGUAUUUCUCGCCAACGGGCAUGGGGUGUUCCAAUACCGGCACUAUAUCACCGCACCACUGGGGAAGCCGUCCUGACAAAGGAAAGCGUGUCUCACAUCAUGAAAAUGAUUGAAGAGCGAGGAAUCGACGCCUGGUGGACUGAUGAUGAAUUUGACCAAGCCUGGUUCCCACCUUCGCUUCGUGACGCGAACGAGCCACUAUAUAAGCGGGGGACCGACACUAUGGAUGUCUGGUUUGAUAGCGGCACUAGCUGGGCCCAACUUAAAGAUAGUACUUCUCCUGAUAAGCCUCCCGCCGACGUAUACCUUGAAGGAAGCGAUCAGCACCGUGGCUGGUUCCAAUCCAGCCUCUUGACAUAUAUCUCUCAUCAACUCGCUCAGGGCCGCAGUUCAGGAUUCAAAACCCCCUUCAAAACGUUGAUCACACAUGGAUUUACCCUCGACCAGCAUGGUCGUAAGAUGAGCAAGUCCAUUGGAAAUACCAUACAACCGGAUGAAAUCAUGGGCGGUACGCUGCUCCCACCACUUAAACCUAGAAAGGGCAAAGGCAAGGGACCGAAGCCAAAUCCCGAAGUUCCUAUAUACGACGCGCUUGGCCCGGAUGCUCUUCGAUUAUGGGCCGCUGGAAGUGAUUACACAAAGGAUGUGGUUAUUGGGCAACAGGUUCUAAAGGCAGUUAACAUCAGUCUUCAUAAAUUCCGAGUGACUUUUAAACUUCUUCUUGGUGCGCUUCAAGACUUUGAUCCAAAGAAUCAAGUUCCAUACGAGUCACUACACGCAGUUGACAAGAUUGCCCUACUACAACUGCAUAACCUCAUCAACACCAGUCAAGAAGCAGUCGACAAGAUGGAGUUUUUCAAAGCAGUGACCGCGAUGAACAAAUGGGCCAAUCUAGAAUUUUCUGCAUUCUAUAUUGAAGCAAUCAAAGAUCGAUUAUAUGCGGAUUCAGAGACUGGGAUAAGUAGGCGAGCUGCACAGACUACCCUGUUCCAUAUAUAUACACACAUUCAAACCCUGCUUGGACCAAUAGUUCCUCUGCUGGUUGAGGAGACUUGGGAGCAUACCCCUGGGAGUAUCAAGGAAGUAGUGGAACACCCAUUUCAACGGACUUUCUGCCCACCCAAUAGCGAAUGGCGAAACGAUACCUUGGAACACCAGUACUCUGCAAUGAUGGCAGCUAACUCUGCAAUCAAAGCUAUGCAAGAAACCGCUCGGUCCAAGAAGGAAAUGGGGUCCUCAUUACAAUCCUUUGUGCGUCUAAUGCUUCCUAAAAACUUUACCGUGUCCAAACAGCUGCAGUUAGAGCUCCCAGACCUCUUCGUUGUAUCAGCUGUCACCUUGGGGGUUGAAGGUGAUGCUAUACCAAAUGAUGUCAUGCAGGCCGAAUGGAGCUACAACUCCGAAUUCAAGCUACCGGAUGGCCAGACUGGACAGGCAUGGGUUUACGCGCCAAGUCAAGCCAAGUGCCCUCGGUGCUGGCGUUAUGCAGUCGAUUCGACAAUUGAGUCGGACAAGGAAGAGCUCUGCCACCGCUGUGAGGAUGUCGUGCGCGACCUGGAUCAACGCAGCGAUGCGGGCCAAGCUUCUGCCACGGCAGCUAUAUGA